AUGGCAAGUGUGCGCUGCCGGCUGGCCCGCUACCUGGAGGACCUGGAGGACUCAGACCUGAAGAAGUUCAAGAUGCACCUGGAGGAUUACCCUCCACAGAAGGGCUGCACCCCACUCCCACGGGGCCACACAGAGAGGGCUGACCACUUGGAUCUGGCCACACUCAUGAUCGACUUCAAUGGGGAGGAGAAGGCCUGGGCCAUGGCCGUGUGGAUUUUCUCUGCCAUCAAUAGGAGAGACCUUUAUGAGAAAGCUAGGAGGGAGCAGCCAGAGUGGUGUUCAGAUAAUGCUCAUGUUUCCGGUCCCACUGUGGUGUGCCAGGAAGACAGCAUCGAAGAGGAGUGGAAGAGUUUGCUGACCUGUCUUUCCAGAAUCUCAGCUUGUAAAAAGAAGCAUGAUUACUGCAAGGAGUACCGGAGACAUGUGAGGAGCAGGUUCCACUGCAUCGAGGACAGGAACGCGCGCCUGGGCGAGAGCGUGGACCUCAACAGGCGCUACACGCGGCUGCGGCUGGUCAAGGAGUACCCGAGCCAGCAGGAGCGGGAGCAGGAGCUGCUGGCCAUCGGCGGGACCAAGACGUGGGACAGGCCCAUGAGCCCUAUCAGGCUGGAGCAGCUAUUCGAGCCCAACGACCAGCAUUCAGAGCCUGUGCACACGGUGGUAUUCCAGGGAGCUGCCGGCAUCGGGAAAACGAUCCUGGCCAGAAAGAUUAUGUUGGACUGGGCAUCCGGAAAGCUCUUCCAGGACAAGUUUGACUAUCUGUUCUACAUUCACUGUCGCGAGGUGAGCCUGGUGACCCCGAGGAGCCUGGGGGACCUGAUCGUCAGCUGCUGCCCUGACCCAAACCCACCUGUGCACAAGAUCAUGCGCAAGCCAUCCAGGGUUCUCUUCCUCAUGGAUGGCUUUGACGAGCUGCAGGGAGCCUUUGACGAGCACUUAGGCGUGGUCUGCACCGACUGGCAGAAGGCCGAGCCAGGGGAUGUCCUCCUGAGCAGCCUCAUCAGGAAGAAGCUGCUGCCUGAGGCCUCUCUGCUGAUCACAACAAGGCCCGUGGCCCUGGAGAAACUGCAGCACCUGCUGGACCACCCUCGGCAUGUGGAGAUCCUGGGUUUCUCCGAGACCAGGAGGAAGGAGUAUUUCUUCAAGUACUUUUCCACCGAGGCGCAAGCCAGUGAGGCCUUCAGGCUGAUCCAGGAGAAUGAGAUCCUGUUCACCAUGUGCUUCAUCCCGCUGGUCUGCUGGAUCGUGUGCACAGGGCUGAAGCAGCAGAUGGAGAGUGGGAAGGGCCUGGCUCAGACGUCCAAGACCACGACAGCCGUGUAUGUCUUCUUCCUCUCCAGCCUGCUGCACUCCCGCGGGGGCGGCCAGGAGCAGCACCUCUCCCCCCACCUGCGGAGCCUCUGCUCUCUGGCUGCGGACGGAAUCUGGAACCAGAAGAUCCUCUUUGAGGAGUGUGACCUGAGGGACCACGGCCUGCAGGAGGUGGACGUGUCGGCCUUCCUGAGGAUGAAUCUGUUCCAGAAGGAGGUGGACUGCGAGAAGCUCUACAGCUUCAUCCAUAUGACCUUCCAGGAGUUCUUUGCGGCCAUGUACUACCUGCUGGAGGAGGAGGAGGAGGAGGCGGAGGAGGCGGGCAGGGAGAGGGGUGUGCCCACUCGGCGUCUGGAGCUUCCAGACCGAGAUGUCAGGGUGCUGCUGGAGAACUACGGCAAGUUUGAGAAGGGAUACCUGAUCUUCGUGGUGCGCUUCCUCUUUGGCCUUGUGAACCAGGAGAGGGCCUCGUACUUGGAGAAAAAACUGAGCUGCAAGAUCUCUCAGCAAGUCAGGGUGGAGCUGCUGAAAUGGAUUGAAGCCAAAGCCAAGGCCAAGAAGCUGCAGGUGCAGCCCAGCCAGCUGGAACUAUUCUACUGCCUGUACGAGAUGCAGGAGGAGGACUUCGUGCAGCGGGCCCUGGACCAUUUCCCCAAAAUGGAGAUCAACCUCUCCACCAGAAUGGACCAUGUGGUUUCUUCCUUCUGUAUCAAGAACUGUCGUUGUGUGGAGAAACUCUCCCUGGGGUUUCUGCACAACUUGCCCAAGGAGGAGGAGGAAGAGGAGGAGGAGAGCAGACAUCUCCCCACCAGCCAGCGAGCUCUCCUGGAUCCUCAUGCUGCUUAUUCUCACAGGCUGGUGAGCUGCUCUCUCACGUCCAGCUUUUGCCGGGGCCUCUUCUCAGUGCUGAGCAGCAAUCAGUGCCUGACUGAGCUGGACCUCAGUGACAACACCCUGGGGGACCCAGGCACGAGGGUGCUCUGCGAGGCUCUCCAGCAACCGGGCUGCAACAUCCAGAGGCUGUGGCUGGGGCGCUGUGGCCUUUCCCAUCUGUGCUGCUUCGACAUCUCCUUGGUGCUGAGCAGCAAUCAGAAGCUGGUGGAGCUGGACUUGAGUGACAACGCCCUGGGAGACUUUGGGAUCCGGCUUCUGUGUGUGGGCCUGAAGCACAUACUCUGCUGUCUGCAGAAACUCUGGUUGGUCAGUUGCUGCCUCACCUCAGCAUGCUGCCAGGACCUCGCGGCCGCGCUGAGCGCCAGUCGCUCCUUGACUAGACUCUACAUUGGAGAGAACGCCCUGGGCGACUCAGGAGUCGGGACUCUCUGUGAGGCCGUCGGACAUCCACAGUGCAGCCUGCAGAAGCUGGGGUUGGUGAACUCUGGCCUCACAUCCUCUUGCUGCUCAGCUCUGUCCUCCGUGCUCAGAACAAACCGGAGCCUCACACACCUGUACCUGCGUGGCAAUGCUCUUGGGGACGCUGGCGUCAAGGUCCUCUGUGAGGGGCUCCUGCUUCCCAGCUGCAGGCUGCAGUUGUUGGAACUGGACAACUGCAGCCUCACCUCACACUGCUGCUGGCAUCUUUCCAGGAUCCUGACCUCCAACCGAAGCCUGCAGAAGCUGAGCCUGGGUAACAAUGACCUUGGCGACCUGGGGGUCAUGAUGCUCUGUGAGGUCCUGAAGCAGCAGGGCUGUUUCCUCCGGAGCCUACAGUUGUGUGAGAUGUAUUUCAAUUAUGAGACAAAAUGUGCAUUAGAAAUGCUCCAGGAAGAAAGGCCAGAGUUGACCAUCAUCUUUGAGCCUUCAUGGUAGGGGUGGACACAGGCCUGCCAGACACUGGAUUCUUUGGUUCCACCACCCAGCUGUCACAGGUGAGGUGAGCCCUCCUGCGCCCAGAGUCACCUCCACAUGA